AUGCGCGCUUUGGGAGCCGCAGGCUUCGGUGCAGACAGGGCCGAGUACAAGAACCACACAACACACAACCAGUCCCGAAAAUGGCCCAGUAACAGCAACAAGAAACCCCGAUGGCGAAGAUACAAAUCUCUUAAAGGGGUAGACCCCAAGUUCCUGGGGAGCAUGCGCUCUGCCAGGAAGCACAGCAAGAAGAGCCUGAAGAUGCAGGCCAACAACGCCAAGGCCAUGAGCGCACAUCCUGAGGCUAACCAGGCUCUCGUGCAGCCCAAGGAGGUCAAGCCCAAGAUCCCAAAGGGUGACAACCAUAGCUCCGUCGACCUGCCUACAUUGCUCACCAAGCCUGAGAAAUGUGCUCGGGUCCACAUCACCAAGGGUCUCGGGCUCUGCCAGCCAAAGUCCAAGGCCAACGCUGACACCAAGCCCCGGGCUUUGACUUCGGCUCAGGCUCCGGCUCCCAAAGAUGCCCAGGCCCCCAUACAGGCUCCACAGUAG